AAAAAAGUCCCAAUGCUGGAAUCAAACCUGGGACGUUGCAGCUAUGCGGCAUAUCCUGUAACCUCUCAGCUGUCAGGGAACUCCAUGUAAGGUAUUUCUCAUGAAAUAUGAUUGCCCUGAUAAAGAUCUGCCUCAGGGAAUCAUCUGGAAAGACACGCAGGGAAGUUUUUUGGCAAGGAACAAAAGGGAGAGGAGGAGUGGUAAAGCAACACACCUUCACCCUCCUGAAGAGACUCACUGAAGCAGCCAGCCUGAGCUCAGAGCUACCAACAAACAGAGAAAUGGCCUCCCGAACUGCACUUCUCCUUCUGCUGGGCGUCAUCUGCCUUGGCUUCGCAACAGCUGAGGUCCCAGUGGACUGCUGUCUGAAGGUCACUGAGAAGCGUUUCCCGCUCCAACUCAUUCUCAGCUACACCGUACAGGAAGCUGGAAAAGGCUGCGACCUCAGUGCCACUGCGUUCCUGACAAAGCAGGGAAGGAGACUGUGCGUCUCCCACCCCAAUGACCAGGCAUGGGUGCAGAGCCACAUCACUCACAUCGAUAGGAGACCAAAAAACUAGGAAAUCAGCCGUAGAAAGCUGUGGAGUCUGGAGGGGAAAGAUGGCUGAAGAUGAAAAAGGACCGAAUCGAAAACUGCGAAUCGUUUCCAGUCUGAGAUCGGCCACAUUGUACUGUAGCAGAUCAACACGGUUUGAGUAGAUCAGACCUGUGAGAUCACUGAGGAAUCAACACUUCAUCUUUAUUUAUGAGGGUGAAACAGUAGCUAAAUGUACAGUUCUGUGUGUUUUUCUUUGUAUUUUUGGUGACUCGGGUGAAAAUCUUUUUCCUUUUUAUUAUGCUGUGAGUAAAACUGACUAUAGAAAUAGAAAUAGUUGCCUUGACUUGCCUCGACUAAGAGUGAAAACCUGUUGUUUUUUUUGUUUUUUAAAUCAUGGGACUGUAAGGAAAAAUCACAAAAUUGUGUUUUGAUAAGAUUUUCAUCUAAACUUUCUGUGAAUUUACAGUUUGCUGUUUUCAUGAUGACUUGUACAAAAAUGUUGAUUUGUAUGUGUCAAAAACUGCUGUUAAGAAUUUUUCUAAAAUAAAGUUUGAUAUUGUUUUGUAA